AUGAGAGAAAAGAUUACGUCCACAUCUUCGAUACCCAAUGAUUAUUUGCAGUAUAAUUUUAUAAGACUGUUGCCACAAGUGGUGACAGAAAAUGAACGAAAUCAAACAGUUUCUCUUGUUUUUGAUAAUGAAUUUAUUGAAAUUUCUAAAUUACCCAGCCUUGACAACACUCCUGCUCCAAUGAGUGAAAAUAUUGUGAAAAACAUCAAAGAGAAAGUGAAACAUGAUUUUGCAAGCACGGGUACGACAACAAAAUUCGAGCCUUCAAUUAUUACUUUUGAUGAGUUUGAGCAUUUGGUUGAUACUGAUAAGAAAUGA